AAAGACGACGUAAACAAAGAAGGCAGCUAAGUACCGUUAGCUCUUGUUUCGGAGUAAAACACGUAUUACAUCUGCUUUAGAUUAUAAAUCAAAUACUGUUUUACUACUACCAGGGAGCACAGCUACUAACCUGCGUGGUAACAGACUCACUCAUGUGGGGAGAUUGAAGGAAAACGAGUUAAAACAAGAUACCGUUAGCUGCUUUAGCUUUAGCUAGACACGGAUUUGUUUUAUGAAAUGGAUUUUAUCUUGAAUAACGUUUAUCGAUCAGCUGGAUAAACGCAGAGACUUGGAUUUGAUCUCAUCUGGACUGAGAUGUUUAGUCUGAUGGCGAACUGCUGCAACUGGCUCAAACGCUGGCGAGAGCCUGCAAGGAAAGUGACUCUGGUGAUGGUGGGUCUGGAUAAUGCCGGGAAGACGGCCACAGUACGGGGCAUCCAAGGAGAGAAUCCCGAGGAUGUGGCUCCCACGGUGGGUUUCUCCAAGGUUGACCUGAAGCAGGGCAAGUUCGAGGUGACGAUCUUCGAUCUGGGCGGCGGGAAGAGGAUCCGCGGCAUCUGGAAGAACUACUACUCCGAGUCUCACGGCGUGGUGUUCGUCGUCGACUCCAGCGAUGUCCAGAGGAUCCAGGAGUUACGGGAGACCAUGGCCGAGGUCCUCCAGCACCCGCGAAUCGCUGGGAAACCGGUGCUAGUGCUUGCCAACAAACAGGACCAGGAGGGAGCGCUGGCUGAAGCCGACAUCAUCGAGAACCUGUCGUUAGAGAAGCUUGUUAACGAGAACAAGUGUCUCUGUCAGAUCGAGCCAUGCUCGGCUGUUCUGGGCUACGGCAAAAAGGUCGACAAGUCCAUCAAGAAGGGCCUGAAGUGGCUCCUCAACAACAUUGCCAAAGACUACGAGGCUAUUACGGAGCGCGUGCAGAAGGACACGGCGGAGCAGCGUGCUCAGGAGGAACAGGACAAGAAGGAGAGGGCGGAGCGGGUGAGGAGGAUACGACAGGAGAGGGAGCAGCAGGAGCACGAGGAGGCAGAGCGCGAGGGCAGGCCGAUCGAGGAGGAGGAGCUGGACGAGGAAAACAUCCCGAAUCCCUUUCAGCCAAUCAGCAACGUGGUCUCUGAGAACGAUGGCAAAGAAAAGGAGACGAAGGAGGUCGGGACCAACAGCCUGAAGAGAGACGAGGAUCAAGAGGAAGAGGAAGAGGAGGACGAUGAAGAGCCGAACGACACGAGACAAACGCCGGAUAAUCCCACUGCAGCCACGACCGGUGAUCAGGAGAAGAAGAAGACGAGGAAGCUGCACCUGAAGAGGAAGCACAGAGUGGACCCUCUGAGGACGGAGGACGGACCUGCAGAGAGUCCAACGCCCCCGCCUCCACCAGUGGGAUGGGCGACACCCAAAGCUUCUAGGCUGCCAAAACUAGAGCCACUGGGAGACUCGAGACAUUCUGAAUUUCACAAGAAGCCCCUCCCGCCUCUGGCCAACAGGCCGCGGCCGAACGGCGACGCUCAAGACAUCGUCUUUUAAACUUCCCGUUGCCCGCUGAGCUCGUCCAAUCAUGGCUCUCCCUCUUUUUCUUGCUUUCUGUCUCAAGCGAGCGCCGUGUAGACGCCAAACUCGGACACUCCCGACGCGCCGAAGACUACAAAACACAGGAGCAUCAUGGGAAAUAAAGUGCUGACGGGAAGCAGUGAUGGUGCUUCCUUUAGACUGACUUUUAUCAGUGUUAGACGGUUCAUUUGUCCCACAGAAAGGCUCAGAAUGUAAAUACGUCCGCUAUAACCUUAUAUAUGUUUAUGUCUGGUACUGAAUAAGGGAUUUGUACACACACGCCGCCAUUAAAUAAUGACCAUAUAUGAUUAUUUUGCACCUAUUUUGUAGUGUAAACAAAAGGUGUUUUGAUAUCUCAAAGUGGCUUUUCACAGCUCAGUGCUUUAAGUCUUUUUUUAAAGGUGGGAACCGUUCCCUUUUUACAGAAUGAGCGAAGUGUGUGAAGAAAAACACUACAUUAAAGGUUAUUUUUAGUGAUAAAAUCUCUCAUAAAUUGUAUUUAUUGUUUAAAAUGUCAACAUAUUUGUCUUUGUCUACAGGGCUACAGAUUGUUGACGCAGUCUGCUGUUUACACUGUGUCUGCUUUUUAAAGUGAUAUUUCUCCCGAGGCAGACUCCCCAGAGAUGUGCUGCACCCAUUUCCACUUUGAUAUAGCGCUGAAAAUAGCUAAAAUCUCAAUAAGCACAAAUAAAUAAAAGAACUUGGAACCCAACAUUGCCCCAGUUAAGUUUCUGGAAGAGUUUGCAGUGGGACGAGAGCACGCCUUCACACCGACACCUGGAUCUGCCAAUACUGGGUCAGAACACAUGAGCAUAUGUGCAGUAAGAGGAGGAAAUAUCACUUUAAAAACACUGUAUUUCAGAUCCAUAGCACUCACUCUGUUAAUGAGCUAGAUGUUUGAAAGCAUAUUUUUUCUACACAGUUUGGAUUUUAUAACCGCACAAUAAAAGAUGUUUUACGUA